AUGUUUCUUGAGAUUUGUAUUGAUAAUUUUGAAUCAGCAAUAAAUGCGGUGAAUGGAGGAUGUGAUAGAUUGGAAGUUUGCAGUUCACUUCAACUCGGAGGCCUAACACCAUCUGUUGGUACGUUUAGGGAGGUCUCACUUCGAAUAAUCAACUGAAAAUUUCCAGGAUUCGUUUCAUGUCUGACUCUCAAAGUUCCCGAAACUCCACUUUAUUGUAUGAUUCGACCAAGAGCUGGCAAUUUUGUGUAUUCGGAAGAUGAAAUGGAGGCGAAUUUGGAGGAUGUUGAAUGGUUGAAGAAAGCCGGAGCUGCCGGAUUUGUUUUUGGCGCUUUGACAGAGUGGGUUUUAUUUAGAAAGAAUUUGGAAUAACAACGACACAAGCAUAAAUAAAAAAACGUGAACGUGUGACGUGUAAAAUCCUCAUUUUUCAUUUUCUCUUAAUCCCAUCAUUUCAGCAGCGGAGAACUCGAUCGAUCAGCGUGUCAAUCAAUAAUCGAUGCAGCUAAACCACUUCCAGUCACAUUAAAUCGAGCAAUCGAUGUUGCCAGUGAUUGGAGAAACACAUUGGAAGAUGCAAUUCAGAUUGGAUUCAAAGCGGUGUUGACAAGGUAAUUUUGGAAUUUUCAAGAAAAAUUCUAGAAGGAAUAUUUUUCAGUGGACAAGAACCGACAGCUCUUGAUGGUGUUAGUGUUAUUCAACAAAUGAAUGAAAUUGCUGGAGAUCGGAUUGAUAUUCUUGUUGGUGAGUUCUUUUUUUAUUGUUUAAAGAUUCUGAGCCCAAGCUCAAAACCUAAAACUUGGUGCCCAGUAUCUUAGAAAACCUCAAAAAACAUUCUAAAUUUCCAGGAUGUGGUGUGAACAGUUCGAAUGUGGCGAAUUUGAUUGAAUGGACGAAAUGUAAAAUGUAUCAUGCUUCAGCUUCGAUUAUCAAGGAUAAAAAGGUUGGUUUAAUUCAGAGGCUAAAAGCCCGUCUUGGUUUUUGUCUAUCAUUUUUUCUCCGACUCUAACAAAAAAUCAAAUCAUCAUGAUUUUUUGUAAAGGUGUUAUAAUCACAUGAGACUAUGUGUUUCUGGUAAUUAAUUCAAUUUUCGCUGAUAAGAUAAAGAAAAUGUGUCGUAAAAGCUUGGCUGCAGAAUCUAUUUCGGAGAAUAUAGUUGAGACUUUGUACUGCUGCCAAAAUCACUUGAUUUUUUGAGGAGAAAAUACUGCUUUUUCAAUAUAGAUUGAGAUUACUGUGGCCGGUGGAUCAUAUCAAAUUUAGGCGCUUAAGUAUGUCUCUGAGAUUACUGUAACUACUGUUUUGAAAUCUGGAUCUUGAAAAUUAAUUUUUAUUUGUUUCGGCAUUUUUUCAAAUAAAAAAAAUCUGAAAAAAUUCAGCUCAUUGUAAGAUUUUUCAAGCAAGAUAAAAUUCUACUGAAAGUUAAGAGUUUUAGAACACAUGCGAAUUGUGACAUUUUCGAAAUAGAUUUUUAAUUUUCUAAAAUUCAGAAUUAUCUGAUAUCUUUAAUUCGAAAAUUUUUAUAAAAUUAAUUUUGGCGAAGAAAUAUCUAAACUUUUUGUUUUUUCUGAGCCCCGAAAACCUCAUAUUUCAUCAUUUUCUGAACUUGUUUACAAUAAUUUUUGACCCAAAAAUUAUUUGUUUAUUUAUUUAUUUUCCAUCACAACUUCUCUUUUUUUUUCUUGUUUGACCACGUGGGGGCGUGUCAUUUUCUUCUCUCAUAUUUUUCUUAUCUAAUUGGUUUUUCUUGUCAUAUUUUUAUCAUUAUUAUUUUUUUUGCAGACCAACAGUGUUCCAAUGGGAAAAAGUGAUAAUCAACCAUUGCGAAUUACAUCAGUUGACGAAGUUCGACUUCUCAAGACUAAUAUGGUCCCGUAA